AUGAAACCGGACCAAAAAAGGGUGUCCGCUCUCCUUAUUCAAACUGUCAGUCUCUUGUGCAGAAAUGGCCUCCAUUUUGACAGAAGUUUGCGUAUCCAGGGCCUCCUGGGCAUAACUAUCGACGAGAAGGACGUCUUCGUCGUUCAAUUGGAUGACACACUUUUACAGAAACAACUUAAUAAUCCCCCAACCAACACGUCAUCUGCAAACGUCAGUCAGGCUGGGACCUGCUCUAAGUCAAGAAAUUUAAAAAAUGUUGUCACUUAUGAAGAUGACAACAAUUUGGUAAGAAGUUCCGCUGCAGUUAAAUGUCACCAGCGAUCUGAACAAAAAUUAGUGUCAGCAGAGGAGGGUAGCAGCAGCAUUGCAAUUGAUGCACACAAUUCAUCCAUUGAUUACUGUGCAUCUGUUAGCAGCAAAGACAACAGUGAAGUUGGUAGUGUAAAUAUAGACAACAACAAUGAUCUCACAACUAAUAAUUUGAAUGAUUUUAGUGUAAUUUCUGGGGCCAGACAUGGUAAUGAUGAUGAGGGUGGUAUUCCUAAUGAUCAAAUUAGUGAAAAUGUUAAUUUUCAGAGUAGCAGUGAUGGUAAAAUCCAUAAUAAUAGUAAUAAUAGUAGUAGAGAUGACGAACGUGGUGACGAUGAGUGUGGAGCAUCAAAUUGCAUCACAAUGGCUGAUGGUAAUAAAAGAAACAACAACAACAUCGAUGAUAACAACAACAACAGAACUGUUAAGGAUGUAGUUAUAGAAAACGAUGAUGAAGAAGAGGAAAUUAUUUUUGUAAAAUCUGAAAUCUCAUCGGAGGAACAAGACCUGAUUGAGCAGCACGAGUCUCAACAACAACUGCAAUUAGUUAGUUAUGGUACUCACAACAACAACAACAACAAUAAUGGUGAUAACUUGUUACGCAGAGAACCACAGCAACAACAUCAUCACAGUGGCAGCCAAUUUAGUCCCGUAGGUCCAAAUUACAAAUUCAAUUACCACCAUAGAAAAAAAAAUAAUUUCCAAGCCGGCAUAGAAAAUGAAAAUAAUAUUUUCUCGCAGUCUACUUUCCACGGAGAUCCACUUGCUAAUCUGGAAAAUUCAAUCCUGGCCCCGACCUCUGCCAUAUUCGAGAAUUUUCAUCACUCUACAUUAGGACAAGAAAUGAUCAAAGAAUCUGUAUGUAAUUUGUUUUUUGGUGCACCUUAUAGAUGGACAUACACGAAAUACAAACAAAUGGCAAAUCAUUCCAAUGUGCAGAGCAGAAAAUCCCUCUCCAUCUCACCUCACAACUCCAGUUCUCUCGCUCUAACAUUCCCUGACAACAGCAGCAACAAUCCACUACAACAACUAGGCUUCAACUCGUUAACGGCCGCAGUGGCGGCUACCGGCGACAGCAGCCUGCAGCCGCUUCAAAUGUGUGGCCCUCGAAGGCGUAGUAACUUAAAAACUGUCGUCUGCCAGUACCCCGAUUGCGGUAAAACCUUCUGCCAUAGCUGCCAUCUCUAUCGGCACCAGAGGUUAAAACACGGUCGCAGGUUCGGAGUCGUAGCUCAAACUUCGUUUCAUUGCCAAAUUUCAGGCUGUGGAAAGGUCUUCUACAGGCGCGCCAGUCUGGUCAAUCAUAACUUCAACGUCCAUAACAUAGGGCCACCACCUAAUUAUAAUAAUAAUAAUAAUAAUAGCAAUAAUAAUAAUAAUCAUUCUAUAGGUCAUUUUCCACCCGGUGUCAAUAUCCCAACUGUGGCCGACGAUGACGUCAUUGACGACGAUGACGACGACGAUGACGUAAUGGGCGGUGUUGAUGAUGACGAUGAUGGUGGCGGUGGUGGUGGUUUUAAUUCUCAGUCUGAUCUGUUAGGAUAA